CCCACUGAGCAGCAUGUCCUGCACUUCCCUGACUUUGCAUUUACUCAGAUCUUUUUCAAACCAUCUGGUGGUUUCUUGGAUUUGUCUGUAGUCUAGCAAGGAUAAACAGAGAUAGUGCUGUGGUGAAGCCUGAGAUUUUCAUCGUUCCUGCGAUCCGUAGACUUUGGACCAUUGCUGUUUGCCUUUGUGAUUUCUCUUUUGAAUUAAAACAUUUCAAUCAUAGCACAUUCAAAUAAACUGUAUCAGCACAGUUGUUUGAGGCUGAUACCAAACUCAUGGGUGCACCGAGACUUGCUGCAAUGUUCAAAAUUUGUAGAAAAAGAGAAAAAAGCGCCAGUCCUUGUAGCUAAACUGGGAUAAUGUGGUCGCUACGUUUUGAUGGUGCAUGAGUGCACGCUGCUUGGAAUAGCAAAGCCAUUUGAUUCUUCCAUAAUCUAUUUUAGAGCGCUGACCAUCCAAAUGUCUUCAGUCCACAUGACAGCUUAAGGAAUAGUUAGGAAAGAACAGCAUUUCCUCAUCGUUUUAAAGCUUCAACAUUUCACGCAGUUUUGGGGUUGUCUGUGGCAUUGACCCUUCUCUCCCUGUGACUGCUGUACCUUCUCGCCCUACUUGUGAGGCAAGAAUCAGGAGCCAUGGCGCUGGAGAAGCUUGUGCACUUUGGGAAGCAGUUGCUAAGGGUGAAGCCGGUGAACUGUAACUCUGAGGACUCCCGUCUGUCCCGAUGUCUCAACACAUUUGACCUGGUAGCCCUGGGAGUUGGCAGCACUUUGGGUGCUGGAGUGUAUGUGCUCGCUGGAGCUGUGGCGCGAGAUAACUCAGGUCCUGCUAUUGUUCUGUCCUUCCUGAUUGCAGCAGCAGCUUCAGUGCUGGCUGGUCUUUGCUACGCUGAGUUCGGAGCUCGCGUUCCCAAGACGGGCUCAGCUUACCUUUACUCCUAUGUGACUGUUGGAGAGCUCUGGGCCUUCAUCACUGGAUGGAACCUCAUCCUCUCUUACAUCAUUGGUACUUCCAGUGUGGCCCGUGCAUGGAGCGCCACCUUUGAUGAGCUGGUAGGGAAGCGCAUAGAGCAGUUCUUCAGAGAGUACAUGUCUAUGAAUGCCCCGGGCAUACUGGCGGAGUACCCUGACAUGUUUGCUGUUCUCAUCAUAAUAACUCUCACAGGCUUGUUGGCAUUUGGAGUGAAAGAGUCAGCGAUGGUGAACAAGGUUUUCACGUGUGUCAACGUCUUAGUCUUGUUGUUCAUGGUGGUCUCUGGCCUGGUCAAAGGCACUUUGAAGAACUGGCAUUUGGACCCUGUGGAGAUCCUUAAUGUCAGUCAAACGAACUCAAGUCACAACAUUACUUACAUCCUGCCAUCCAAGGAGAGACUAGGAAUGGGCGGCUUCAUGCCGUUCGGUUUCACGGGUGUGCUCUCGGGAGCUGCUACUUGUUUUUAUGCCUUUGUAGGAUUUGAUUGCAUCGCCACCACAGGUGAAGAGGUGAAAAACCCACAAAGAGCCAUCCCUAUUGGCAUCGUUUCCUCGUUGCUGAUUUGCUUCGUAGCCUACUUUGGCGUUUCUGCUGCCCUCACCCUCAUGAUGCCGUACUAUCUCCUGGACAGCAACAGCCCGUUGCCUGUAGCUUUUAAAUAUGUGGGCUGGGGAGGAGCCAAAUACGCUGUAGCUGUAGGCUCUCUUUGUGCUCUGUCUACCAGCCUGCUGGGUGCUAUGUUCCCUAUGCCUCGUGUUCUGUGGGCUAUGGCUGACGAUGGGCUGCUUUUCAAGUUCAUGGCCGAGAUCAGCCCCCGCACCAAAACCCCGCUAAACGCAACCUUCGCUUCCGGCACAGGGGCAGCAAUCAUGGCAUUUCUGUUUGACCUGAAAGACCUGGUGGACUUGAUGUCUAUAGGUACCCUGCUGGCCUAUACGUUAGUGGCCGCCUGUGCACUGGUGCUCAGAUACCAGCCCGAGCACCCUAGCAUGGUGUACCAUAUGGCCAAUAGCCAUGAAGAGGCAGACCUGGUGGAUGGCAUCAGUGUCCCCAGCAUGGGCAUCCUGCCUGGUGUAGAGGAGAGGUUCAGCUUUUCCAGCUUACUGUUUCCAACCAACCCCGAGCCAUCCUCGAUGUCAGGCUUCGCCGUCAACGUCUGCACCUCUCUGAUGGGGGUGCUGAUUCUGGCCUUCAGUAUAUUGGCCGUGCAGGGAGGCUUCGUCCUCUGGAACAUCAUAGCCCUUAGCUUGAUCUUCACCGCGUGCCUCGUUCUCGUUUUCAUCAUAUGGAGACAGCCAGAGAGUAAAACAAAACUUUCCUUCAAGGUUCCCUUGCUGCCUUUCAUCCCCGUGCUUAGUAUAUUUGUCAACGUCUACCUGAUGAUGCAGCUGGACAGGGGCACUUGGGUUAGAUUUUCAGUAUGGAUGGCUAUAGGUUUAGUGAUUUACUUCGGCUACGGUAUACACCACAGUUCAGAGGCUGCUAUGGCCCACUCCUCUAUAGACACUGAAAUGAACGGCUUCAAGCUUGACAGAGAACUGGACUCCAUGCCCACAGAAAAAGAGGCCUUUCUCCACGAUGGCAUUGAUGUUAGGGAAGAAAACGAUAUGUAGAUUUGUAGAAAGUAUUGGGACAGCAGGUUUGUUUCAGUUUGCAUGGCACUGGUCUGUUUUUGCUCCAGUCAGUCUACUUCUUCAUUGGUGGGUCUUUCCUGGUGGAAAGCAACGAAGCAAACCAAACUAUCUCUGAUAAUUCUCACACCAAAACAGACUUCUGAAGCCGUAACUGAAAUACUUUGUCAAUAUUUUACUGGUUAUUACCUCUUUUGCUCCCAAUUGUUCAACUUGCUUUAUUGCCUAUGGAGGGAGUGCUCAUGUUAGAGACAUGAAAUGUGUUUAUUGUAGGUUCAGAGUUGAGGAUUUCCCGUCAUGUGGGGUUUUAUUUACCUCUUUGGAGUGUGUCUUGGUUACAUUGCUGGCAGGAGGACUUUGCCUUAACUGAUGUCCAUCUGUCAGAAGGUUCGGCAGAAAUAGAUUCCUCUGUUUUAGUUUUUGUAUUUUAUUGUUAGAAGUUAUUUUUUGUGUGUACAUACUUUUAAACCGUGUCAGUACUAGAAGCUGAGUGAUAGCAGUGUAUACAUUCUCUGAAAGCAUCAACUCUGAUCUGAUGACUCAACAUUUUGGGGAAAACAAUCAUUCAUUUGGGGACUUUAGCUAAUAACAAAGGCAGUUUAAUAAAGCUUAGUCUUUAAAAUGCACCCACUGGUUUGGAUUUGCCCUUUUCAGUUGUAUGUUUAUGUACUUUUUAUCUAAAGCCCAAUGAGAUUGGUCAUUUAAACUGACACAAACAGAAACUCCAGCAGUUUGGAGCUGAAAAAUCUUGUUUAUGUGAUAUUAAUUUGUGUGUAUCUGUUUCAAGUGACUAAAACCCAGCUACAGAUGGAAGUAUUAUGGUCUUAAAUUCAAUGGUGUGAAUGUGACCUGUGAUGCUUCAGUGUAAAAGUCUUAUUUGGGAUAAAGUUGGUCCUUAAUUUUAAAAUAGGGUUGAAUUGAUGGUGAUUUUCACAGUGCUGGCUGCUGUGUUUCUGCAUCUGUAGUUCUGAACACUCAACUUCUGUUUUGAACACAUAAGAUCGACAAACAUUUAAUCAACCUUCUUUUCGUAGCGUACCCGUUUAAAAAUACACAAACUCUAUUUUACUUUUUAUUUUACCUUAAUGUGUUAUAACCCAAAACAUAUUCAUACAAUUUAAUGUAAUAAAUAGUUAAUCAUUAACUACAAUAUAUUUAACCAUUAAAGGUAUAUUCCACCCUUAAGUGAAAUUUAGGCAUGCUGUAACCAGCCCAGUCAUUCGCCUAAUCUGGCCGUAUUUCGUUAGCUUUAGCUUAGAAUAAAAAAUGUAAGUGAAUGGUAACAGCUAGUAUUUUAUGAGAAGAAGUAAUGAAAAUUACUAAAAUUAUCCUAAUUUUUCUUGGUGACCUCAAUAUUCAUAUCAAUUUCAAAUGAUGGUAAUGAGUGCCAUGGAGGAAUUACAGGAGCCGGUUUAGACUUGGGACUACAUCAUGACGAAGCACUGCUGUAGGGCCUGGAAUAUACUUGUUUUUAACCUCGCAUUGACACAGGCAGCAGGCUGCGUCUUUGUUCAUAUACUUGCUACUGCACUGCACAUAGGUCUGGAGUGUUCCACUAGGGGCCACAGUACAGAAUGUUUCUUGGGUACAACCAAAACAAACAUGGCAUCAAUAGAAGAGUUCAGUAGCUGGUUUAUUUAGAGAUCACAACAGAAAAAAAGACAGCAGUGGUUUCAUAGAUAUAAGAAAAACCUAAACCAGAGAUGAAGAGACUGUGGCGAGUGUGUCUCGCUUAUUUUGUCAACUCUUUCUACUGGUUACUUGCAUAUUGCAGCUUGAGGAUGCGUUGCGUUAAUUUCGAGGGACGCGCACAAAUGACGCUUCAAAUCUAUGCAAGUUGUGCGAGACAGCCAUUUUAAACAUGCGUCCGUCGUUAAUCGUUAAAAACAAUUAUAUUUCCAGUCUAAGCCACCAUGGCAAGGUGCAUGGAUAUCAUGCUGCGGCCCCAAAAGACAUCACCUCCACCUGUCAUGUACUGUGCCAAUUUUAGUGCAACGUUAAUUUACUAUGCUGUUCCUGAAAAACAUUGUAUCAGAUAUAAACCUAGUAGCUAUGUGUUUGUGCUUAUGGAAGUAGGCGACUUUUUGAAUUUGAAUGAUUGAAAUGCUAGCUGUUAAUUCUUUAUGCUAAGCUAAAGCUAACAGAAUACUUUCAGAUCAGCAGCAUAACUGGGCUGGUUACAAAAUGCUUUUUCCCACAAAUUUAACUCUGGGGGGUAUGGCAACAGAAUACAUUUCACUUCGGAGUGGAACAUCCCCUCAAGGAUUUGGCUCAACUUUGUUCUUACAUAUCUAUGAAUGUGUGUGUGUGUGCGUGCGUGUGUGUAACAAAAAAUUCCAAAACUUUUUGAAUUUCACUGUGAUUUAGCGGAAUCUGCGGUCAAUAAGAAAAAACAUGUUCGAAUAAAGCUGUACAUAUAAAAUGUUGUGAAUAUUUCUGGCAGUAAAUUAUUUUUAAAUAAAAGCAAAAAGAGCUUUUUGUUAUUCUACUUUGCACGUGUUUGUAGAUUCUAUAGCUUAUGUUGUCUGGACGUGACUUUUACACAGAGGAUUAAUACAAAACUUCCCCAACUAAAGCAGCUUUUGGCUGCAGAAUAUCUCUGGGCUGCACGGUGACACUGUUGCAGAAAGCAGUUUUAAGGUGUGAAUCGCAGCCGUGGUCUUUCUAGAUGAGUUUGCAUGUUUUCCCCUUGCAUGAUUGGGUUUUGUCCCCUGUACCCUGGUUUCCUCCCAUUGUAGAUGGAAAAAUUCUGCAAAAAGCUCAAACAGAAACAUCUCUGGAACCCACAAUGGCUUACUUUUUAACUCUUAGGACUUGUUCUUAGCACAUGGAAUAAAAUCAGGAGAUGUCAGUUUAUAAUUAUGUAAUUCAUUAGUUUAAUAUCUUUAUUUUGAACAGGGUUUUAUCUAUAUGUGCAUUGUGGUGAGCAGAGGUUCAUUUUUAAAAUUGAAAAUGAUUUUUAAUGUCUCGCCUUUUAAAGCUGCUGGUAAACAGAAAGUGGUUUAAAAGAAAAACAAAAGCAUUAAAGUCUAAAAUAUAUUUGCAACAAUUUUAGUAUAAGUUUUCAAUUUCUAAUCAAACAUGUCAGAAAUAAAACUAUUAGUUAUCGUUUCAAGACAAAUGAAUGCCCAACUGUAUCUAAUAAGUACACACACAUUCAAAAAGACUUUAAAGCCUGAUAUUUAAGCCUUUAUUUGUUAUAAUUGUGAUAAUUAUGACUUACAGCUUUUAACACCCCCCAAGUCAAAAUGUCAGAAAAAUUGAAUAUUGAGAAAAGGUUCAAUAUUCUAGGCUCACACUAAUCAUAUAAUUAACCCUAAACAUCUGCAAAGGGUUCCUGAGCCCUUAGAUGGUCUCUCAGUUUGAGUUGCAUUACUUAAAUAAAUGGACUUUGGCACCAUAUUCUCAUUUUGUGAGUUUGACUUGUAUGUUAGAGCAGUCUGACAUAAUGACAGCAUUUAACCCUGAAUGUAAUAUUAGCUAAAUAUGUUUUCUGGUAAGAAUUGGCCACUUGCAAGCACAUUCGUUUAAAAGACACAAUGUGACAUAACUGUUCUGCAGUGAAAAUAAAUGUCAAAUUUAAGUGGAUGAAAAUAAAUUGUUUUUUGACCAUUUUA